AAAGAGGGAAUAGAGGGAAAUAGAGGAGGGUGGCAUGUGCAUGAGUGAGGGAUGAGUAUGAAGGGAGGGAAAGAAAGAGAGAAGGGGACAGAUAUCAACACAUACCACGUCACAGCAGUAGAUUGCAGGCACAGCUUCAGAGCAGAGAGGAUAUAGAACCAAAGCCAGCAAUACCAUUAGACACUGAAUCAGGAGUAUAGCAUUGGAUACUAGCUGUACUGUGCUACCUAAAGCAGGAGACAUACAUGUGUGUGGAAGAGAGGCUGUGCAUUUGAACAGAGAGAAUUAGCCCUGGAUCAGUGUGUCGUUAAUGAGAAGAGCUGGGGAGAAUGAGUCUUGACCCUGUUCAGGUCAUGAAGAGGCAAGACUCCUUGCCCAAAGCCUGCCCGACAGCCUCAAAUGGUGAUAGCAAAGCAUCCUGGGACGACACCAAGGAUAUCCAUGAAAAUGUGUGUUCUACAAAGAAGCCCAAACCAGGACCUGUGAGACGGGCCAGGAAGGUGGAGGGAGGCAUAUUCUUUCCCAAACCAGAGAACGCAGUCACCAUUGCUGUGUCGUCGAGGGUUCUGUUCCAUACAGAGAUAGAGCAGAAGGUGUUUGAGCAGAAAGGUAUAGAGGAGUACCUCAGGUAUCAGGUGGAGCACGAAAAUGAGCCCUUUGCACCUGGCCCAGCAUUCCCAUUGGUUAAGGCACUGGAGACAGUUAAUUGCCACUUGCGGGAGCUCUAUCCAGAAAGCGAGGAGCUUUUUGACAUUGUGCUAGUAACCUACAACCAUGCUAACGUAGGCAUCAGACUCAUCAACACCAUCAACUACCACAAUCUAUUCAUUGAGCGGUUCUGCAUGACAGGAGGUAGCAGCCCCAUUGGGUACCUGAAAGCAUUGCAUACAAACUUGUAUUUGUCUGCCGAUACUGAAAAGGUUCAGGAAGCCCUCGCUGAAGGGAUUGCAGCAGCUACCAUGUUUAUGUCAGAAAAACAAACUGAGGUGUCCGAGACUCAGCUGAGAGUGGCAUUUGAUGGUGACGCUGUUCUUUUUUCUGAUGAAUCUGAGCGUAUUUUUAAAGCCCAUGGCCUGGACAAGUUCUUCGAACACGAGAGGGAAAAUGAAAACACAUUGUUAGAUCAUGGGCCACUGAAAGGUUUUCUGGAAGUGCUUGGGAAAAUUCAGAAGAAAUUCUACGCUAAAGGCCAACGUCUGCACUGUCCCAUCCGCACCUACCUCGUGACGGCCCGCAGCGCAGCCAGCUCCGGCAUCCGUGCCUUAAAGACUCUCCGUGCCUGGGGACUAGAGACAGAUGAGGCUCUUUUCCUGGCUGGGGCACCGAAAGGCCCCAUGCUGGAGAAAAUCCGGCCCCACAUCUACUUUGAUGACCAGAUGUUUCAUGUGGAGGGCGCUGUAGAGAUGGGUGCCAUUGCCGCCCAUGUGCCCUACGGGAUUGCACAGAAAUACCCUCAUAAAAAAAGCACCAAUACAGGAAAAUAACAAAGAACGGGGAAAAUAUGAAGAGGCACAUUAUGUUCCUAUUUUGGAAACGACGUUUAAUUUGCGUACAUUUUUAUUUUGUAAACUCGUUUGUGCACUCAUUGGAUCAGGACCUCAGUAUUCUCUUGGCCUUUUUCUAUAUGACCUAUGCAAGGACACACACAACAUUUAACCAAGUAAAGAUUCAACCCAGUGUUGUUCCUCUGCACUGUUUCACCAUCAGUAAUUCUGUACAUGACUUUUGAAAUAUGUAUUAUGAAUGAAAUUUGACCAAUGUGCCUCUGUUGAAGCACUGCGAUGAACGGUCAUUUUCAUCUAAGCACAUGUUUCUAAGAGAGUUUCUCAGUUUGUUGAAAUAUACAUGACAUCAACUUACUGUUAAAAUGGAAUGUGUGCUGCUAUUCUUAUUUGUACAGUGUGUGUUUUAAAUCGCACUGUAUAAUUCAGCAUUGGACUGUGAUGGUGUUCUUGCUUAUUACUGUGUGAGCAAAACUACAGUAUUCUUUCAUGCAAUCUAAUGAAUAUGGUCGUAUAUAAUAGAUGGAAUGUUAGUCUGUAAUGUAAUGUUAAUAAGAAUAUUUUAUGAGAAGAUGAAGUACUCAGAGUCUAUAAAGCCAUGGGUAGUGAAUGAUUUAUUUAAAGUGCUAACUGUACUUUUUUGUUUUGUCAUCUGCAUUCAAUAUACACCACUGUUUAAAAGUUUGGUGAUAUUAAUGUUUUGAAAGAAAUUAAUAAUUUUAUUCAGCAAGGAUGUAUUAAAUCAAUCUAAAGAGACUAUAAUUAUAAUACAGACAUUAAAGAAUCCUGAAAAAUAUGUAUUACAGAAUGUGCAGCCACAAAAAUAUUAAAAUAUAUUAUCAUUACCUGCCACA